GGAGUUAUCUCUGUCUGCGCACGUUUUUACGAGAGGACGUGCUGACGCUUGGUUAGGUGUGCGGCUUGACGUCACGAUGGGUUCGAUGUACCGGGAGGGGCCUAGGAGAGCCAGGAGGUUGCGGUGAGACGGAAACGGAGGGGAGGUCGGGGUGGGCGGUGGAGCUGCAACAGGAUAGCGCGGGGCCGAACGGCACGGCCUUCUAGCAGACGUGAUGGUGGAGAAAGCCGGCGGUGGGAGAGAGUCAAUGCCCUCUUUAAUUCCUAGUGGGUUAAAUCCUGCUCUCUCCAGCAGUUCCCACAUGCAUCCAAAGCAGGGCAUGAAACUGGAAGCUGUGAUGGAGCAGCUCCAAAAACAGCAACAGCAAGCUGCCCGAAGUAUGGAGGAGCGUGAGAGACAAAUCAGAGAAACACAACGCUUAUAUGCACAGCAACUGGCAUCCCAACAUGCAAUGAAAUCUAUACCAGGCCCUUCUCCAAACUCAUCGGGUAGGACACGCCUGCCAGUAGGACCACCCCAUAGUGCUAGUGAUCCUGAAGAUGAUGAUGAAAUGGAUGGAGAUGGAAGUGAUGAUGGUGACUCAUAUGAGGAGAGGGAAGAUAGUAGAGAGGCACAUGGUACCACACUGGCACAGAAAUACCUCCAAGCUCAACGUGAGCUCCAAGGCAUAAGUGUUCCUAAUCGACAGGGGACUCAGAAUCAUCGGCCUUUAACAGUAAAAGAGGAGCCUGCAGAGGAAAACUUCAAUGCUUCUCCUGGUAAUCUUCACAAGCAGAAUAUGGAGGAACACAUUAAACAGGAAAACUCUUCUUGGUGCGAAGAUCCAGAUGGCCGUAGCAGAGAAACAUCAAGGGAUUUUGCAAAGUUGUAUGAACUGGACAGUGACCCUAAACGCAAGGAAUUUCUCGACGACCUCUUCAUGUUCAUGCAAAAAAAAGGUACACCAAUUAGCCGGAUCCCCAUCAUGGCAAAGCAGUUGUUGGACCUCUACAUGCUAUAUAAACUUGUGACAGAGAAAGGUGGACUUGUGGAGGUUAUCAACAAGAAGAUCUGGAGAGAGAUUACCAAGGGGUUAAACCUUCCUACCUCUAUCACUAGUGCAGCCUUCACUUUACGCACACAAUACAUGAAGUACCUUUACCUUUAUGAGUGUGAGAAGAAAUCUCUUAGUUCUCCAGCAGAGUUGCAGGCUGCCAUUGAUGGCAACAGGAGAGAAGGCAGACGCCCAAGCUAUGGAUCAUCAACUUUUAGCUAUUCUCCAACUCCACAAGGCACCUCUGGACUUCUUGGAGCAAACAAGGUUCCUGUAGCCAUGAUGGGAGGGCACACCCGCAUUUCACCCGUGACUACUUUGAAAAAAGGUGACAAUGCUGUUGGCUUGAUGGGAGGCCGCAUGCCACUUUCUUUGCCUGUGGGCACACAACAGACUCCAACCGGUGUGCGAACAGCAUCCCUUGAGCAAUUGAAGGAUAGGCUGGAGAUGGGUGAGCCCCCAGAAAAGCGAGCUUCUCGGACAUCUGUAGAGGAACAGCAAAGGAUCAUACAGCAAGCUUUUCAGCAAAAUCUCCUUAGCAUGGCACGACAGAUACCCAUGAAAUUGAAAAUCAAUGGCAAAGUAGCACAGGACCGGCAAGAGGCAACUCUGAAUCUGGGAACAAGCAGUAUCAACAUGUCUAUUGAGAUUAAUGGCACGAUGUAUACAGGUAUCCUGUAUGCUCAGAAACCAGUUCCUUUAAUUGCUGGGUACACUGGACAGAGUGUGGGGAGUGGCAGCAGCAGCAACACUUCCCAGGCGUCACAGAGCCCCACUUCCUCUAGGGGAACCCCAGGGGCUGAGCCCUCCACCAGCUGGUCCAACUGAGCUCCCGAAGCAUGAACCAAAAAUUGGGGAUGGAGGGGAAAUAUGUUUUUAUUAUACUUACCUCCUUCGCAAGAAAGCGUUACACAACCGUACCUACCUCAGCUUGCAGAAAGACAUUAACUUGGCUUACCUCACAUUAUGGAAAAGUUAACACAACCAACUUACCUCGUGUUUUCAAAUGGCAUUACACAGCUUCAGUGAUCUACAGGACACAGGGGGACAAGAGGGUUAGCAACACUUCUGUUGCCUAUUUUGGGGCAGCAUCUGUUGUGCUCUAUGGCAUUUUAGGAAAGUAACUGUAGAGCAAAUAGUCAUUCUGUCACUGCACUCCUCCUUUUAAGUUCUUGGGGGGGGUGAUAUCGCCUUUGUGCUUAUGGGGAAAGGCACAAUGAAAAAGGGGUGACCUGAUUUGGGAAAUUUGAUAAGUGCAAAAUGGUGGUGAGGACAUUUCUACUAACCUUGAGAUGCAUACCUACCCUUGACUCCUUAGAGCACUAGAAUCUACAUUCCCCCCUGUUGCUGUGGAACUAACCUCAGAAUUAGAUGGAUAUUGACUUUAAUAUAGGUUGGAACAGCUAAAACCAUGGGUGGUUUUUUAUCAAAGUUCCAUCCUGCAUCAGAAGGCAAGUUUUUAAGUGUCCUAUCAUUUAAGACUAAACUUAUUUUAUCUGCAGAUACACCUUAUAUUCACAUGUUGAAAGGUGCAGUCUUGUUGCUUUUGCUGUUUUAGAUAUUCUUUUAACUUGUGUAUUUGGAGUUACUGAUACAUGUCACUAACCUACAGCAGGAAGGUAGACAAAAAAAACAUAAGUAAUACUGAAGUUUUUAGUUGCUUAAUGUCGCUCACCAAAGACUAGAAGGGUAUAUAAUGUCUUCUCUUUCUACAACAGUUGUCGAAAGACCGCUCCUUUUCAAAACACACUAUUUGCAGAAACCAACGUAUUCCAUCAGCAAAAUGCUACGAGGGAGAAAUAAUAAGAGCCACACAAAGAGUGCAUUAACUUUCCCUUUUCUUUAUUUAGUGUUUGGGGUUUAAGGGCAUGGGAAGCAUUGGGUAUAAUGGGAAUGUGUUUUUAUCUACCUUUUUUUAGUGAAUUUCCUGAGAUUCAUGGUUGCCCAAGCUCCUAGAAUAGACUGCUGCAAUACAAUUCGAAAACCAAUGUCAUAUACUCAUCCCAUUAGAAGAACAAAAUUACAAAGGCCUGCUAUUUUUUUUUUUUUUUUUAAAUUUAAAAAGAUAACAUUACAGCUGUCCAUUUUUUUAACUACAUUUUGCCUCUGUUUGGCAGGAGAUCUUUGUGUUUUGUGAGGUUGAAGUGUAAUGGAUCAUAUUUUUAGUAACACAUUUUUUAUCAUAUAGGCAACAAAAGGCUGCUUAGAUCAAAUCAAUUUUAAAAUUUUUCAUUAAUGAAUUUUUUUAAACACUUAUGAAUCUGAUUUAAACAUUAUUUGUUAGAGACAUCCAUUUCCUUUUUUUUUUUGACUAAAGUUUUGUGAUACAGCAGUAAUGCACAAUUUAAAGACUGUUUGCUAGAUUUCCAAAACAAUGGCCCUGUAUAUACAACACAGCUAUGUAAAUUAUUGGAUUGAUAAAGCCAUGUCUUUAAUCUGACUUGGUGCGUAGACCGAGUGGCCUCCAAAUGUGUUGUGAGAUAUGUGUGAAUAUUUUCAGCCUUUCAGAGGCCAUCUUUAUGACAAUCGCUUUGCCUGUAGGGCACAUUGCAUCCUCAAUCAUGUUUGUGAUGUUUUGAUUUGGUAGAUUUUGUGUGUUUUAUUAAGCAUAAUUUGUGGAUAAUUUAAAAAGCAUUGAUGGAA